CGGCGGCGGGGAGGGGGACGGAGCCAGGGGACCGGGAGCAGCUGCCGGAGGAGGUUAUGUUUGUGUUUGGGGUUGUCAAGUGAAGGAGGAAUCCCAGGCGCCGCCGCCGCCGCGCGGGGGUCGCAGAGAUUCCAAGCUGCGGCCGCCGCCAUCAGCAGCGCAGCUCCAGGGCCGGCUGCAGCGGCAGCGGCCCCGCCGGGCGUCCUGGCAGCAGCACAUGGAUUAACUGAUGGACUUUGGGUUUAUGGAGCCACCUUUUUGUGACCUGCUCUUCCUACAGUUUCUAAGAAGAAAAAGGGGGCCCUGAAUCGAAGAAGAUGCCUCGAACUAAACAGAUUCAUCCCAGAAAUCUAAGAGAUAAAAUUGAAGAAGCACAAAAAGAACUUAAUGGGGCAGAAGUGUCAAAAAAAGAAAUUUUAGAAGCUGGUAUUAAAGGAACUCCAGAAUCACUUAAAGGUGUGAAACGAAAAAAGAUUGUAGCUGAGAAUCACCUGAAAAAGAUACCAAAAUCCCCACUGAGAAAUCCUCUUCAGGCAAAACACAAGCAAAAUACAGAAGAGUCCUCCUCUUUUGCUGUUCUUCCGGGCGCUGCGGAGUCCCACAAGAAGCAGAAUCACUGUCCUGUAAAAAACGGGAAGCAAUUUACCAAACACAACGGAGAGACCCCUGGGAUAACUGCCGAGGCCGCUAAAUCCGAAGACUCCGUCACCCCAAAGAAGCCCUCGUUUCUGCAGCACCCAUCUGAGCUGCGUCGAUGGAGGUCAGAAGGCUCCGACCCCGCCAAGUUCAAUGUCGCAGGGGGAAAAUGUGACUCUAGUUCUUUGUCCAGCAAAAGCAGGACUGACCACAGUGAAUGUAUCUCCUCGAACUGCAGCCCUCCGCCCUCCUCGUAUGCAAACACCGCGUUUGAUGUCUUACUGAAAGCCAUGGAGCCAGAACUGAGCACCUUGUCACAAAAGGGCUCGUCUUGUGCAGUUAAGAUCGAAAAACUGAGACCAAAUAAAACUGUACGACCCCCUUCUCAGCCAAACAACAGCACCAUGGCUGCCCCAGAUCCGACUCCACAAGAACCGGCUGCCCCAUCACAGCCUCCUCUGCGGACCUUCACCGGGCAUUUGUCUGUGGCUCAGAAGAACGACCAAGUGGCAGCUCAGUCCAUUUCUCCUUCGUAUACUCCACAUGAGCACCCUGUUUCUAAACCUAGCCAACAAAAUCAGCAGCUUCCAGCGUGCUCUGGUUUUACAAGACCGCUAACGGGUCUGCAAAAUCGGGAGAACGCCCAACUUGAACACGCUUACAACGCGGCAGUGACGUCAUCCGUGGGUGUGGCCUCACCCACCAGUAGAACUCAGGUUACUCCUCCAAACCAGCAGGUGGAUUCUGCUGCCCCAAUGUCCGUAAGCCCCGCCCCUUCGAUGCAGUCGCCGCCCACGCCAAUUUAUAACUCAACUCCUGUCGCCUCUGUCGUUAAUCACAGCGUGGAACAAAUGUGCAAUCUUCUUCUGAAAGAUCAGAAGCCAAAAAAACAAGGCAAAUACAUUUGUGAGUAUUGCAAUAGAGCUUGUGCAAAGCCCAGUGUGCUUUUAAAGCACAUCCGCUCCCACACUGGAGAGCGACCCUAUCCCUGCGUGACCUGCGGGUUUUCAUUUAAGACUAAAAGCAACCUAUACAAGCACAAAAAGUCUCAUGCACAUACUAUCAAACUGGGUCUCAUCCUGCAACCAGAUGCGUUCUUGUCACACGAGUCCCCCAAAGCACUUAGUAUCCAUUCGGAUGUGGAAGAUAGCGGGGAGAGUGAAGAGGAGGGCGCUGCCGAUGAGAGGCAGACCGACCCAGGCUCCAUGGACCUGCAGCCCGUGCAGCUAAUGAAAAGGGUACCCAACAUGGAAGCUGUACCAAAAUCAAGCUCCAUUCCAAGCAAUCCCGAUCAGGUAGUAGGUGGCUUUUCACUACAGGACAAGUCUUCAGAAUCACAGGCUGUGACAGAGUUACCAAAGGUUAUGGUCCACCCCCUCAGCGUGUCACCUUUAAGAGUUGAUAGUCCAGAGGUUUCAGAUUCCAAGCCUGAACUCUCUAGUGCACAGAAACAGAAAGACUUCCAGGUAACCCGUGUGCUGUCCCACCCAGCCUGGACGGCCUCCCUGGAGACUGAGGACAAGGCCCGUCAGAAGGAGGCCGGAAGUCAGCAGGAAGGAAAACAAGAGUCUCACGUGGGAACAGCACAUGCCCAGCUCCAAAGGCAGCAGGCGACAGAUUAUUCCCAAGAGCAGCAAGGAAAGCUUCUUCUGAGUCCCCGCAGUUUGGGAAGUACCGAUUCUGGUUACUUUUCACGUUCCGAAAGUGCCGAUCAAACGGUGAGCCCCCCGACUCCCUUUGCCAGAACGUUACCCACCCCAGAACAGGACUCUGAUAAGAAUCCUGGGCCCUCUGCCCCUCGUGUCAGUGCACCAGCAGCUUCCGCUCUACCAGCAGGUGAGAAAGCAUCACUUCUCCCAGGUCAGAUGCGCCCACCCUUGGCAACAAAAACACUUGAGGAACGGAUAUCAAAGCUUAUCUCAGACAAUGAAGCUUUGGUAGAUGAUAAGCAACUAGAUAGUGUAAAGCCACGGAGAACGUCUCUUUCCCGACGGGGAAGCAUCGAUUCCCCCAAAUCAUACAUAUUCAAAGAUUCUUUCCAGUUUGAUUUAAAACCAAUGGGACGGAGGACAAGUUCAAGCUCCGAUAUACCCAAGUCCCCCUUCACCCCCACGGAGAAAUCAAAGCAAGUGUUUCUCCUGUCUGUACCUUCCCUCGACUGCCUGCCUAUUACCAGAAGUAACUCGAUGCCUACCACCGGCUACUCAGCGGUGCCCACCAGCAUCAUCCCGCCCCCGCACCCCCUGAGAGGAAGUCAGUCCUUUGACGACAAAAUCAGCGCUCUCUACGACGACGUCUUUGUGUCAGGACCUAACACCUCUGUGCCCCCAAGUGGACACCCCCGCACCCUUGUCAGACAAGCAGCAGUAGAAGACUCUUCAGCCAGUGAAAGUCACGCUCUCGGUGCUGCACCGUCCUCGGACGAGAGCCAUCAAGGAAGCACCCCUGCUGGUGAGUCCGCGGCAGCCAGGAGCAAGGCGCCGGCCGCGGGCUCACACUUGGAAAAGAAGAAGUCUCACCAAGGGCGAGGGACCAUGUUUGAGUGUGAGACCUGUAGAAACAGGUACCGAAAACUGGAAAAUUUUGAAAACCAUAAGAAAUUUUACUGUUCAGAGUUGCAUGGACCAAAAACAAAGGUAGCUCUGAGAGACCCCGAGCACAGUCCGGCGCCCAGCGGCGCUCAGCCCCCAAUUCUGCACUACAGGGUCGCCGGUUCGACGGGGGUCUGGGAGCAGACGCCCCAGAUAAGAAAAAGGAGGAAAAUGAAAAGCGUCGGAGAUGACGACGAACUUCAGCAAAACGAAAGCGGAGCUUCUCCGAAAAGCUCCGAAGGCCUCCGGUUUCAGAGCGCGGCGGACUCUGCUCCCAGCAUAUUGAAGCAGAGCGCGGUCGGAGCAGGUGACCAGCCGCACAGAGCCGUCCAGCUGCCACCCUCCCAGAUUCAGCUCGGGGCCAGAGCCCCCGAGCCGCCCCUGGACCCGAAGCUGUCCACCAUCGCGGAACAGCGCCUGAGCCCGGCCUCCCAGGACCAGACGGAGCUGCAGAGACACGGCGCUGGCAUCUCCGUCAUCCAGCACACCAACUCCCUGAGCAGACCCGGGUCCUUUGACAAGCUCGAGCCUCGUGAAGGGGCUUCCCCAGCUUCCUUCCAGGAGCUGAGCAGAGCAGCCCAGCCUGGGGCUCUGAGCCUCGCAGCCAUCUCCCAAGAGGAGGGCCGCCCUCCCCGGAAGCCGUCCCACCCGCGCCAGCCUGCGCUGUCCGAUGCGCCGAGAGGAGAACUGCAGGAAGGGGCGAGAAAGAUCUCCAGCGAACGGCAUGUGCUAGGCCAGCCCUCUAGACUUGUUCGGCAGCACAACAUCCAAGUGCCAGAAAUUCUGGUCACGGAAGAGCCAGAUCGGGACCUCGAAGGCCAAGGCCACGAUCAGGAACGAUCAGAGAAGUUCAGCUGGCCCCAGCGGAGUGAAACCUUGUCCAAACUGCCAACAGAGAAACUGCCACCCAAAAAGAAGAGGCUCCGUCUUGCUGAGAUGGAGCACUCCUCAACCGAAUCGAGUUUUGACUCCACUCUCUCCAGAAGCCUAAGCAGGGAGAGUAGCUUAUCUCACACUUCGAGCUUCUCAGCUUCCUUAGACGUGGAGGACGUUUCUAAGACCGAGGGCUCCCCGCAAAUCGAUAUUCUGAAUAAAGCCGAGUUCCUCAUGAUUCCCACUGGCGCCAACACCCUCAGUGUUCCCGGAGGCCACCGGGAAAUGAGGCGAGCUGCGUCAGAGCAGACUCGCAGCGCGCAGACGGCAAUGGAGGUCUCUGAUUUCCGGAGCAAAUCCUUUGACUGCGGACGCAUAAGUCCACCUUCCACAGCAGCCCUUGUUGAGUUGCAGCCUCCACCAUCCCCCUCCGGCGUGGGGGUCACCGGGCACGUGCCUCUCUUGGAAAGAAGGCGAGGCCCACUGAUGCGACAGAUCUCUUUAAACAUCGCUCCAGAGAGUCAUCUGUCUCCUGUGCACCCGUCCUCUUUCCAAACUGUUGCUCUUGCGGGUGUGAACACAGUGCCAUUUCAGGGGGCCCAGCUCACUCAUACACCUUCAGCUGAGUUUCCUGCAAAUACUCUGCACUCCCAGACUCAAAUUAAGGAUCUGCGAACAGAAACCUCAAGUUCCAACUCUACGUACAUCUUCCCUGUUCAACAGCUUUUUAGCAUCAGUUUGUUAAAUCAAAUCCGUACACCCCUCAGCCACCCAAACGCACCGAUGUCUCUGCAAGUGUCUACACAGAGUGUCAAGCCAGAUGCAAGCCCCAGUGGACGUGUAUCUUCUCAAGGUGAGGAUUGCUUUGCUCCCAAGUACCAACUUCAGUGUCCAGUGGUCCCCUUGGGCCAGCCUUGCACUUCUGUUCCUGUACAUCCUCGGCCAAAGCCAACUCCUUCGGAUCCUGCUGGGGCUGACCGUCGUGCGACCUCAGUAACAUUACCAACCAAGUUAGUCGAAGCUACAUCUCAUUCGUGUUCGCUGCCAGCCCUGAAGCUUGGGCCUCUCGGUGGUCAGGGGCCGACAGCGCCAGCAUCCUUUACGCUGCCGGUGCGUCCACAGAGUCAGGUCCCAGCAUACUGUUUUGCCACAGUCACACCUCUGCCACAAAUCCUAGUGACCCAAGAUCUAUCCAGUCAGCCAAUUUGCCAGGCUAAUUGUAGUAUGGUGCCAGUCAGCGAAGAGCAAAAUUCCAUGCCAAAAUCACAAAACGAUCCCCAGAAUGCUUUGCCAAACCCAGAGGGAGAACUCGUUUGCAAAAAUGUUUUUUCAGAGCUGGGCCCAAAUCCCUCUCUAUUAGAAUCCUUGCCCAUAACUCAGAAAAUGUCUAUUGGUAGACUUUCCCCUCAGCAAGAAUCUUCAGCUUCAAGUAAAAGGAUGCUCUCUCCGGCAAAUAGUUUAGACAUUGCCAUGGAAAAGCACCAAAAGCGAGCCAAGGAUGAAAAUGGAGCUGUUUGUGCAACGGACAUUAGAGCAUUCGAGCCACUGAGUUCGAGAGCUAAUGAGGUUAGUAAGCAGAAGAAGCCUGCUCUGGUGAGGCAGGUUUGUACCACGGAGCCCCUUGAAGCUGUGAUAUUGGAGCAGGAAACUUUUCCUCGCCCGGAAGUUAGUAGUGAGGCUGUUCAUUUGACUGAUGUUUCACCAGCUGAUAAUUCAUCCUCAGGACACUCCAAGCCUGCGGUUAUAGAACCUAUAAAAGAAGUGCAGGAAUUUGAAAACAUCAAGUCGGGCGCAUCAUUAACUCUUUCAGUUAGAAAUUCACCUGUUCCUACAGAGAGCGCUCACAUUUCUCCUUUGGAACAUGUAGACAGUAACCAAGAAAGGAAGUCUCCGGGGGUUAAAAGUCAAGGCGACAAAGUGAACAUCCAAGAACAGAGUCACCCUGUAGCCACCACUCCUUCUGUGUGUGAGGCCAGCGACUCACAGCAGCCAUCCUUCCCCAGCCUGAAAACUAUGACCAGCUUCACGUGGUGUUACCUGUUGAGACAGAAGGCACUGCACCUGCCCCAGAAAGACCAGAAGACUUCAGCCUACACUGACUGGACAGUAAGCGCCAGUAACCCCAAUCCACUUGGGUUGCCUACAAAAGUUGCUCUUUCGCUCCUUAACUCAAAACAGAAGACCGGAAAGUCACUAUAUUGUCAAGCAGUAACCACCCAUUUCAAGUCAGAUUUAUUGGUCUAUUCCAGCAAGUGGAAAAGCAACUUAAGCAAGAGAGCAUUAGGUAAUCAAAAGUCCACAGUAGUUGAAUUCAGCAAUAAAGAUGCCUCUGAAAUUAACAGUGAGCAAGAUAAAGAAAAUUCCUUAAUCAAAAGUGAACCGAGAAGAAUUAAAAUAUUUGAUGGAGGAUACAAAUCAAAUGAAGAGUAUGUGUAUGUCCGAGGCAGGGGAAGAGGAAAGUACAUUUGUGAAGAAUGCGGAAUCCGUUGUAAGAAACCUAGUAUGUUAAAGAAACACAUACGAACCCAUACUGAUGUCCGCCCAUAUCACUGCACUUACUGUAACUUCUCCUUUAAGACUAAAGGAAAUCUGACAAAACACAUGAAGUCCAAGACACAUAGCAAGAAAUGUGUGGAUUUAGGCGUCUCAGUAGGUUUAAUAGAUGAACAAGAUACAGAAGAAUCAGAUGAGAAGCAAAGAUUCCCCUACGAGCGGCCGGGGUAUGACCUCGAAGAAUCCGACGGCCCGGAUGAGGACGAGAACGAGAACGAGGACGAGGACGAGGACAGCCAGGCCGAGUCGGUCCUGUCCGCCGCGCCCUCGGCCACCGCCAGCCCGCAGCACCUCCCGGCCCGAGGCGGCCUCCAGGACGCGGGGGGCGCCGACGAGGACGGCAGGAUUCCCGACUGCUUUUCCGGGGGACACCCGGACCCGAUGGACGUCCUGCCCCGAGCGCUGCCCACUAAGAUGACCGUGCUCAGCACAGGGCCGUCGGACUACAGCCGGCCGCCCGAGUCCCCGGCCGGGGCCCCGCAGCCCGCCGCCCAGGGCGGGGAGGGGGCCGCCGCGCCCAGGUCCCCCUGCCACCAGAUGUCUGUGGACUACCCUGACCCCAAGGACAUCCUGAGAAGCCCUGUGGCAGGAAAGACUGUUGCUUUCACACAGGGCCCAACUGUGCGCCUUCUUCCUCCUGCUGCCGAGCGCAGCCCUCAGACAGGAGGGCCGCCGCCUUCAGUGACCUCGCCGCCGCCGGGCCCUCAGGAGCAGAAGCACCAAACGACUCUUCAGCCACCGCCAGGCCUGCCUUCUCCCCAGACUCACUUGUUCAGCCACCUCCCUCUGCACUCGCAGCAGCAAUCCAGGACGCCGUACAACAUGGUUCCCGUCGGGGGGAUCCAGGUGGUACCUGCCGGCCUCACCUACUCCACCUUCGUCCCCAUCCAAACGGGGCCGAUGCAACUGACGAUCCCUGCGGUCAACGUCAUUCACAGAACCGUGGGCGCCCCUGGGGACUUGAGCACGGACGUUUCUGGCACUGCAAAUCCCGCCGGGGUGGCUGAACUAAGCAGUGUUGUGCCAUGUAUUCCCAUCGGCCAAAUCCGCGUGCCAGGCCUUCCGAACCUCAGCACGCCGGCCUUGCAGCCGCUGCCCUCGCUGAGCGUGGAGGCCGUCAACAUCGUCGGCCUGGCCAACAGGCACCUGGGCCCGCAGGUGCACCCGCCGGGGCUGGCGCUGAACGCCGUGGGGCUGCAGGUGCUGACCGCCAGCCCCCCCUCGCAGAGCAGCCCCGGCCCCCAGGCCUCCAUCCCCGGCCUCCAGAUCCUGAACAUCACCCUGCCCGCGCUCGUCCCCUCCGUGAGCCAGGUGCCCGCGGACGCCCAGGGAGCCCCGGGGAUGCCCGCCUCCCCGCACAGAGCCCGGGAGGCGCAGCCCCCGGCCGCCGGCGCCCUUCAGGGCGGCCGGCCGGCGUCUCCGCAGGGCCCGCCUCCAGGCCAGCGGGAAAAGGCAAGCAAGGCUCCGGAUCCACCCGCCCCGGCCGGAGAGCACGCGCAGCUGGACGGCUCGGGCCAGAUGAGCGCGGGGAGGGCCGGCUCGGCGAGUCCCGCCAGGCCCCAGCGCGAACUCCCUGCGGCGCAGGGCACACCGGCGUCGGCGCCCGAGCCCCCGCCCGGCCAGCCGCCAGGCCCCCGGGACCGAGCGGCGCCCAGACCCCCGGCCCCGCCCCGGAGGCAGCCGGCCCCGCAGUUCAGCGACGUGAGCAGCGACGACGACGAGGACAGGCUCGUGAUCGCGACCUAGGGGCUUCCCAUCUGGGGGUUUUGUUUGGUUUUUCGGUUUUUUCUAUAUAACACUUAAAGGUUUCUUUGAAAACCCUCGUUUCCUUAAAGCACAUUUUUCUGACAUAAACUCAUGACUAAUCUUUGUGCAAUCAUGAACUUUUGACCAAUAAUUGUUGUUUUGUGUCAGCUCCAGCCAUUUUUGUACAUGUUGUAUAGACACUUGUGCCUUUUAGGAGUUUUAUGUUUAGAAACUGUACAGAUUGUUGAAUAUAUACAUAAAAGAGAUAUUAUAUGUAUAUGAAAACCAGGUAGGUAUUUGUGUUUAGCAAGAAAAACCUGUCAGAUAAAUCAGAUGAUUAAAUUAUAUGUUGCACUGUUAAAUAUAAAUUUUUAUGGCUGUGGGGCAGAGUUUCUGUGUAUAAGUUAGUAUGUAAACUCCGUAUUUAUUGUAUUCAUAUUAGUCUUUGAAAAUGGGUCUGUCCUUCUUGUGUAAGACAGGUAACUUUACACUUCAGACAGAUUUUCUGUGUAAUGAAAUGUUUCAGUAAAAUACUGUUUACCGACUU